AUGCCGGACUCAUUCUUCGCCACCCAAAAGCCCAGAAAGCGAAAGCGCGCGACAACAUCCGACGCACCCAAAAAAUUCGCGCGCACCGCCAACGGCAAGCCCAAAUCAUCCACAAGCAAUAGCAAGUCCCCUUCCUCCUCAAAAGCUAAGCCAAAACCGCGGGCGACGAGGGAUGAGGAGCUCUCCUCCGGGACCGGGUCGGAUGUCGGGAUCGACGAUAUGGACCUGCGCGCGGAGGACGUGGAGGAGGGGAGCGGGGACGAGCUGGAGAACGAGACGCCCGCGGAGAAGCGGCUGAGGCUGGCGAAGCUGUACUUGGAGAGCGUGAAGGAGGGGCUGAAGAGGGGCGAGGACGAGUUUGAUGCGGCGGAGAUCGACCGCGAGCUGAUCAGCGAGCGGCUGAAGAAGGACGUGCUGGAGGAGAAGGGGAAAGUGUGGCUGUGGGUUGCAGAUGAGUUUGAUUUCAGCACGCUGCCUACAACUACUCUGCGCACGCGCGGACACCGACUCUCCGUUACUUCCGCUGUCGCGUCUGAGGACGCCCGAUUCCUCUUUACAGCGGGAAAGGAGGGAUCUAUCAUUAAAUGGGAUCUGCCCACGGGCAAAAAGCUCGCGGUGUUCCACAAGGUACGGAAAGAGGGUAAGGGGAAGGAGAAAGCGGGUGAGGUGAAGGGGCACACGGACGAGGUGCUCGCGCUUGCGCUUAGUACAGACGGGAAGUACCUGGCUAGCGGGGGGAAAGACCGGAAAGUGGUCGUCUGGGACGCCGAGCAGGGGGAGUGGGUGAAGGCGUUUGGCGGACACAAGGAUCUCAUAUCCGGUCUAACGUUCCGAAAGAACACCCAGCAACUCUACUCUGCCUCCUUCGACCGCACGUUGAAACUCUUCGACCUCUCCGUGAUGGGCUACGUCGAGACGCUCUUCGGGCACCAGGACUGCAUCCAGGCGGUGGACGCGCUGAAGGGCGAGACGGCGGUGAGCGUCGGCGGGCGCGACCGCACCGUGCGCUUCUGGAAGAUCGUCGACCAGACGCAGCUCGUCUUCCGCGGGGGAGGGCGGAGUAAGGUCCGGGAGGUGCUCGAGGGCGGGGCGCUCGAGGGGCUGGACGAGGACGGGGAGGAGGAGGGGCAGAGGAGGAAGGAGAGGGAGCAGAGGUAUGUGGAGGGGAGUGUGGAGUGCGUGGCGAUGCUGGAUGAGAGCACGUUUGUGAGUGGGGGGGAUAGCGGGUCGAUCUGCUUGUGGACGACCCAGAAAAAGAAGCCAGUGUUUACGCAGGCGCUCGCGCAUGGGCUGCACGAGACGCACUCGGAGACGGAGGGGCUGAUACAGACGCCACGGUGGGUGACCUCCAUCGCAGCUCUGCGUUAUUCGGAUUUGUUUGCCUCGGGCUCAUGGGAGGGCUCCAUUCGAAUAUGGAAGCUCGACCAGAAGCUCAAGUCCUUUUCACUGGUGGGGACCGUUCCCGCACCGGGCAUCAUCAACUCUUUGCAGAUCAUCUCCCCCCCGAAGGGUGCCGUCGACAAUAUUCCCUGGGCGAAACAGGAGGAUGUCCGAUUACCAAACGGGAAUGGGGUCAACGGGGUGAAGAAGAGUAAGGCGAGCGACGUGGGCAGCUUGUUGCUCGUGGCGGGUGUCGGGCAGGAGAUGCGGUUUGGGAGGUGGCUGAAGCUGAAGAACGGGGGAGAGGGAGGGGAGGGCGCGGUUAAUUGCGCGUUGGUUAUUGCGUUGCAUCCGCGGACGUUGGAUUCGUGACCGUAAUGUCGACCCCUUGAUGCUUCACUGAAUCUUUAUGGGUUUAUGGAUUAAUGCUAAGCGCGUUGUAUCCCUCGUCCUGUUCCCGCUGGUCGUCGACCGGUUGCUGUUCGUCUACCAAUUUACAUCUGAUGGAGGUGUACCCAGCC